UGGGUUUCUCUUUCUCUUUAGCUAUCAAAUUAUUGCUACGUUCAUUGCCAGCUAUUCCUUGUUACAACUUAAUUGGUUUGAGUUUGAGUUUGAUUUGAUCUGAUCUUUCCCGAAAGUUUGAGGAACUGGAACUUGUUUCGGUCUGUGAUCUGGUCCCAAGUCUUUGUCUAUAAAUUCAAUCCUGCCCCUGAAUUUCAAUUCCUCCAAAACAGAUUUCAAUUAUUCCAGUGACCCAGAAUCGGGAAAGCCUAUCUUACUCUAAUUCUUAUCUACAAAAAUCAUCCAGCUUCCAGUCACCGGAGCUCAGGUGCAUGGUUUAUGAGCCCAAAUCCACCACAAGCCACCUCCUGAAGAGCCCCAUUCGUCAAGAGAAGCAUCAAUCAAGAAGCUAUUGCAUGGCCUUUGUGGCUGAUGUGGCAUAAAUGGAAGGAGAAGUUCAUGUGCAAAUUCUCCAAGUACAUCAAAUAUUUGCAGGGGAUUGACCACACUAUACCAAUGGUGAAUCCAAAUCUUCCCCGUCGUCCAACUAUAUGUUAUAGGCCUAUACAACCAGCUGACCUUGAGAUCUUGGAGCAAAUCCAUACUGAUUUAUUUCCCAUCAGGUAUGAGUCCGAGUUUUUUCAAAAUGUAGUGAAUGGACAAGAUAUUGUGUCAUGGGCAGCUGUUGAUCGAAGUCGUCCAAAUGGUCAAAGUGACGAACUAAUUGGAUUUGUAACUGCACGAAUUGUCCUUGCAAGAGAAAGUGAGAUAGGGGAUUUGCUCAAUUAUGACCCAUCAAAACCAGAUCAGACCUUAGUCUACAUUCUGACGCUAGGAGUUGUAGAAUCUUUCAGAAAUCUUGGCAUAGCUUCUGCACUUAUUCGUGAGGUCAUAAAAUAUGCCUCAAGUAUACCGACCUGCAGGGCAGUUUACCUGCACGUCAUUUCUUACAAUAAUCCUGCAAUCCUUUUGUACAAGAAAAUGUCAUUCAAGUGUGUAAGAAGAUUGCAAGGCUUUUACUUGAUCGAUGGUCAGCAUUAUGAUUCUUAUCUGUUUGUUUACUAUGUAAAUGGCGGUCGAUCUCCUUGCUCACCAUUAGAGCUUGUUACAGCGACACUGAAUCAUAUGAGGAAUGGUUUGAAGUUGGUGUUUGGAAGACUACGGAAGAACGAAGAUAGGAAGUUGGUCUCAAAAUGGUCGAAAUGUAAAGAGAGCCAUUGCCUUAUAUCGACAACACAAAGCAGGAAAAACCUGACAGCAGAAUGUACAGGGUAUGAAUGUGUUUGAUUUGUGUGUUUAUAUUCGUAAGGAUUUCGUUGGUUGGAUCCAAUCAGUUGUCAGCAGACGAAGAUAGAGUAUUAAAGAUAGACACAUACAGAGAACCAAAGAGAGAGAUGGCCAGGCAGAGAGAAAUAAGUUACUAUGAUGUAAGAUGAAGUAGAACUCCUGUUUGCUGCCUUGUUCUCCCUUUGUGUACCUAUUCGAUGCAAACCAUACCAAUGAUACCCUUGCCUUGGAAUAACACUUGAAUGUAAUAACCGCUGUUAACAGCACCCAAUAUAUAAAGAUAACACUGGUGUUUGUUCUUUUGA